AUUAGAUUUAGUGACCCACUGUAUUGCUGGUAGUGAUAAUGAAGAUGUCAAUGGAAUGUUGAAGAUUUACCAAGCCUUUAGUAAGUUUUCAACAAGUGAUAAUCUCGAUGAUUCAUUGCAAGUUGAAUUAUGGGAUCAUCUUCACAAGCUUUUUUUGGGUUUUAUUGGAAACCAUGGUGAAGUUCUGGUACAAAACAUUGAGGACAUUGGAACAGAACUCCUUAGUUCUGUAGUGGAUUCCUCUUUACACCUUUUAUUUUGUUAAGGUUUUUACGCUUGAAAGAACUAAAUGAAUUCCUUAAACUCCCUUCUCUACCUCAAAGAUUCCAGUUCAGAUCUACAGUCAAGCAUUAUUUCAAAAAGUUACCGAAGAUGCUUACGUAUGUUGGAGAUUAUGACUUUCAAGCAAGUAUAGUUGAAGCAGUAUUUCGAAUGACAAAUAGUGAAUUUAGAAGACGGGAAGUUACCAAGUGGUUUCCAAAAUUAGACUGUAGAAUUCAUUCACUCUUCAUCAGAAUAAAGGACUUUGAUCCGGAUGUUCGACGUUUCUUGAAUGCCUACAACAAAUGUCUUGGGCCAGAUCAGUUAGUAUUUAGUAUUCCUUGUGAUAGUGUAUCGAUGGGUCAGGUGGCUUUAGUAAAACCCAAGGUGGCUACGUAUGAAAAAUUUUGGAUAGAUUUCAACCUAGGAACAUGCAGCAUUCUUAUUAUCUGCCAUAAGGAUUGUGGGGACGAGGAUGCUUAUGAAUCAGUUUGGGAGCCCAUUAUGGUGAAGGUGCAAGACGUAGUGAGUGCAACUUUGGUACAAACCGUUCAUUCCUUUACUCUGGAGAUUGUUUUGCCCAGUGUGGAAGCAUGUGCAAAUUUGUUUUUCUCACAGGCAUCUCAGGAAUUUGAAAAACUACUCACAGAUACCGUUGUUUUGGAGUUUCCUCCUCAGAAAAAUCUUGCAAGAAUAUGCAGAACAAUCUUUGAAGACAAACUGAAGAAUUCUGCUGAAGAACUUGACUGUUGGAUGGCUAAUGGCUCAAAGGGAAGCAUACCAUUUUCUGGGGAAAAGGUUAGCUCUUCUUCCAGCAGACAGAAAAAACGAACAUCAUCUGCUCAUGGACUUAAAGCUUAUCAAAAUAGUAGUAAAGAAUCCAAGACAGACAGCAGUACAUUCAAGAUCAAAAUAGCAAGUGAUGAACAUGGAAGAAUACCUGCCAAGAAGAAGAGGCGCAAGAGUAGAAAUGUAACCCAUGUUCUUUCUUGUACAGAUUCUUCUGAACUUGUUGAAGAAAGGCCAAAUAAUUCUAGAGGAAAAGGACUAAAAACCCAGAGUGUUUCUCCUCUUUUGCAUAGGCAAAAGAAUUAUUUGUCAUCUCAUUCAAAGAAAAGAGCCAUAGAAUCUGUGGUAAAACAAGAUUUGAAGGUGAUGAUUCCUGAUUCGCAAGAUUAUGAGGAAAUUCGUGGUAAUGUUACUGAAAAAUCUACUGAAGAUGAAGAUGUUAUUCCUUGUUCUCUAGAUUGUCAAGCGCAAAAGAAAUUAUCAAGUUUUGGCUGCAAGACAUCAGUAAAUAUUUUCCCUAUAAUGAGGAAGAUAGAGUCAGUGACACAAGUUGAUUUGGAAGUGGAUGUUGUUGAAGAUGAAUCAGAGAUAAAAGAUUUUGAGGUGGAUGUUGUUGAAGAUGAAUCAGAGUUGAAAGUAGAGGAGAAAUCUUGCAAGAAAAUGUUUCAGAAUUAUGAGGAUGUCUCCUCUCAUAAUGCAGAUAUGGUUAAUGUGUAUCAGUCAAAUAGUGAAGGAAAUAGAAAACAGCUUUCCACCAGCAAAAUAGAAUUUGAUAAGAAACAAACUAGGAAAAAUACAAAAUGUUCUCUUGCUAAGUCACCACUAAAUAUAUGUUCUAUAAGUAAGUCAUUGAAAGAACCAGUGAACAUUAGCCCAGAUCUAGAAUCAAGUGAACCACCUCCACAGAGUUCUACAUAUGGCAUCAAGGUAUCUGAAAUCAUUAUUGAAAAAAAUUUGAAAAAGAACCAGGAAAUUUCAGUUCUCAGAAAAGUUCAGGAAGGUAAAGAUUCAGUUCCAAAUGAAAAACCACUUGAUAAUAGAAUUUUAGUCCCCUCUCCAAACCCAGAUGAAAGAUUGCUUUGUAAUAAAACUACUAUUCCUCCUUCUCCAAGCCCAGUUGAAGAAUUAUUUGAUAGCGGAUCCACUCUUCCUCCUGUAAGGGCAGAAGAAUGUGUGAAUUCUGCCAACACCGCAUACAGUCCUCUAUCUAUUUCUGAGUCACAACUGGAAAAGACAGGUAUUGUUCCAGAAAUAAAACAUUGCAACUCAGUUCCUAUAGAUAAUGAAAUGAAGCAUCUAUUAUUUAAAAGUUGUACAUCUGCAACUUCAGCACCGGCAACAUCAAAUAUUGAACAGUUUAGUGCUGCCAAGCCAUUUUUAACCCGAUCAAUAAGCGAAAGUGUAUUGAAAGAAAAUGGUUCUCAGAAUUUAAUAGAGAUAUUGCCAUUCCAUCCAAAGUUUGAUAGUUUUAAAACCAUCAGAAAAGAAAGUGUAGUAAGCUUACCUCAGACAUGUUCCCAUGGAAGUUCCAUGAAAUGGUCAAAAAAGAAAUGUAAUAUAAGUAUAUCCAAUACAAUAGAGAUUCUUAAUUUUGCAGUCAAUGUUGAAACAAAUGCAUCUGAUUCCUUAGAAAUACUGAAUCAUUCCUUUUCUAAGACUAGUGCAAAACAUGUAGAAGAUUCGUCGGCUUUAUCUCAUGAAAAUCUAAAGAGUCCAAGACCUACCUUACUCUCUACAUUGAAGAUUUUAGCAGAAUAUCCAAUAAAGUCUCCUGUAAAUUAUUCCUCUACAAGAAAAGAAAAGAAAGAAAUACGAGAGAAAGAGCUACCACAGGUUUUAGACACUCAAGUUUCAACUCCUCGUGCAAAGAAGCAAAAAAUUUCACAUCCCUUGUCAGAACAUUCAAGUGGAAAUACACCAUCCAGAACUUUUGAAAAUAAGGACAAGGUUAGAAAUACCCCAAAAAAGAAAAAGCUCUUUGACACUUCAUCUUUUGAAAUCUUGCAAGACAGUCCUCCAAUGGAACAAGACAGUCCCCCAAGGGAAGAGAUUAUUCAUUCAGAUAUGUACACAACAGAUGAGAGACAUAGACUGGCCCAGGAGGCAAGAAAAUCAUCAGCUUCCAGAUUGCAAGCAGAAAGAGUAGAGCUUAAUGAAAUUCACGUAAAUGGUAGCAAGAGAUCUGGCAAACAAUCUCAAAGGAAGAUAAUUUUCAAACAUAAGGAUACUGUUGAUGACACUCAAAAACUCAGUUGUAAAAAAAAAUCCUUGAAGGAGAAUGAAGCAUGUUUAGAGUCAAGAGAUCUAUUUGAAAAGUCUAAAUCGAGCAAGAAAUUGAAGAAAGAUAAAUCAAACAUAUCAGAACUAUCUGGGGGAUUUUUGGAAUAUCCUGAAAUAAAGGAUAUAUCAGCUAAAGAGCAUAGUGUAUAUUCUGACUACAGUAGUUCUAGUGUUGAAACAGAGCAUAGUUGGCUGAUUAAAAAAAAAUCAAAGUUAUCUAAUGUAUCCAAAACUUAUCCAAACAAAGGGAAAACAUUAAGUAAAUCAGAGACGACAAGGUUUAGCAGCAAUGAAGACUGGGAGCCAUUUAAGGAAAGGAAAAGGAAGAGAGCCCAAAAGGACAGUGACACUUCUGUAGUGAAGUCCAAACAGGAACCCAUUAGAAAGUCUAAAAGGCGAUCAUGCAAAGAAGGCAUUUCCUACUAUGAAAAGUCACCAUUGGAUAGUGAUGUAGAGUUGCAAAAAAAUUCAAUUAUCUCUCCUACAAAAUCAAGAGAUUGGGAGUGUGAAAAUCCCGUCUCCCCAGAAACAUUACGACAUAGUGAAAGCUCAGUUGAUUCUGGCAACUCGAACUACUUAAACUUCCAUCUAUCCCAAAAAAUAACAGAGAAUAAAAAGGUCAUCCCAAUUUCAGCAAAAGGUGAUAGAAUAGGUAAUGAAAUAUCAAAGUGUUUUACUUCUUUUUCAGAUAAUUCUUCUUUAGAUCUAUCAUUCAUAGCCUUAGAUAACUCUGGUCACAAAACUCUAAAUAAAAAGUCUUCUGUUAGAUCUAAAAAUAAGUUAGUGUUUGGUGUAACAGAGGCAGUCAUUCAUGCCUCAGAGGAGGGUACAUGUUCAAAAGAUGUAGUACCUGUUUCAGAGACGUUUGGAGAGGAAGUUGUCAUUAUCUCAGAGAUGAGUGGGAUAUUAGAAUCUAACCAAACAAACAAUCACUUUGACUGUGAUGGUCCUCUACAGAGUACUUUAAUUCAAAAUGAGGAUGGACAUCUACCUAGCACUGGAAGAUUUAGCUAUGUUGCAGAUGUUGAAAAUAAUUCCCUUUGUCAAGGAAACAAUAUUGAGUUGGCUCAUUGUGCAGAAGAAACUGGUGGAGAUUUAAGACUACCUGAAAGUGUUUCUUCCUUUGAAAAUAAUGUAUAUCUUCCAUUUGAGAACCUGCAAACAUCAAAUGAUAUUUCUAAAGUAAGUGAAUGUUCAUUUGGAAUGAAAGAAAGAUUUUCAAGCAAUCAAAAGACAAUUGAAACCUCAGGUGAAGUAAAUUCAGUAGUUUGUCGAGUACUCGCAGAGGAUGAAGAAGUUGUUACUGAACCUUGUCAUGAUGAUAACCAAGGCAUAGGUAAAGGUAUCUAUUCUUCAGAAAGUAAUGGCAGGUUACCAGAAGAUAAAGGGAAAGAAGUAGCCACUUCUGUAAAAUAUGUUUCUGGACAUGAAAUGUUAUUUAGUGAAAAAAUCAUGCUGAUAGUUGACAGAGAAAUUGCUGGUACUGACCUCAAGUCUCCUACUAAGAACUUGUCAUGUAAUGCCACGGGCCAGGGUGGUACUACAUCCAGUGUAGUAGUAGGUACGGAAGAACAUUUGCAUGGAAAUCAGUUUGUUGAAUCGUCCAGUGAAAACUGUGCAGCUUCUGCUGGAAAAAAAUCACUGGUUAAACAUUCCUUUUGUCAAAAUGCUAAUCAGAGCGUAAUUGAGAAAGGCAUUUCUACUAUGUCUCCAACUAUUUCCCAGGUUGCUAAUUGUAUCUCUCCAGACACAACCAAUAUGAAUGAUGCACCACCAAACACACCUGUUAGCCAGUCUUCAGACACUCCUCUUGGAGAAGUUUUGCAGCUCAUGGAUAAGUUGAGCAAUAAUGGUUUUCAAGAUUUUGUUCAAGCUAAUGGCAUUUCACCAACUUCACAUGUAUGUGAUCAGACACCUACGCUUCCUGCCCCACGACAGUUAUUCUCCACUGGAGAUGGUGUAAAGAAUGCUGAAAAGGGUACAAAUAAGCAACCAAGAUCCUCAUGUCUGCAGCUUAUAGAGCUCUUAUCACAGUCAUCUGAUAAACAUGAUUUUUUAAAAUUUAUGGAGGAUUUGAAAUGGUUUUCAGAAUCCCUGAGAAAAGUUGUGUCAUCUUUCAACACAGCAGUAUCAUCACUUCACACAUUAUCUGCAAGUGUAGAUGAUGUUAUAUCUAACUUUGGCACUGGAAGGAGCUAGGGCCACAAUUUGUUAGUGUUACAAUUUAAAAACUUCUUUUUCACCCCUUUUCCAAAGUAAUGUGGAAAUAUAUGAAAGGACCAUUAGUACCUUCAGUUAUAUAUUUACUUUAAUAAGCUUUUGUUUUUUGUUACUGUUUAAGGGAACAAGUUUAAUUUUUACUUUGUAAUGGUGGUAUUUAUAAACAUCCUGGAUGGGAUGGUUGUAAUUAUUGCAUAUUUCGUUCCUAAUGUAGGCCAUUUGUGAGGCAAAUUGAUUUUUUUCCAGUUUUCAGCAACUUUUGUCUUUUCAAGAGAGUUGUUUUUUUUUACUUGGAGCAGUACAUGUUUUUUUUUUACUUGGAGCAGUACUAAUUUAAUGUGCAAUAUAGUUAUUCACUUGAUGCAGCACAUAAAAUGUUACAAUAUGUUUAUUCUUGUUACUGUUGGUAUAAUUUUUAUUUUGUUUUUACAAAGGAUUUCAUGUGAUUCUACUUAAUAUCACAUGGAUAAUAGUCGUAGUAAUCUGUAAAUUUCUAUCACUUGAAGGACUUGCAAUACUUAUUCUGUGUUGAAGAGAUGUAGUGAAGUAUUUUGUUUAGUUGUAUUAGACUGACUGCAGAAUGAUAUAUGACAACAUUAACAUAAAUAGGUUUGAAGUUCCAUUGACUUUCCAGUUAUUAUUUUAUAAAUUUUAUGGAUUUUUGUGACUGACUGAAAGAGGUUUCUUAAAAUUAAAACAAAUUAUUUA